UCAGUACCAUGUUGCACUCAUACUAUAUUAUUUAAUACAAAGCAUUAUUGUGAAAGAGAGGUUCAUAUAGACAUCUCUCUAAAGAUAGUCUGCAGAAAACCAGUAUUCCUGUAAUUAGUGGUAUGUGCUGAAUUAGGCCUCUUAGGUGACUUUAACAAGUUAUUUAACCUGGUGUUAGUGAAGCACAUUGAAAAUGCAAAGCACUAUGUAAGUGACUAGUAGUGAUCUGGAGUUUGGUACUGGACACUUGCAGAUCAUCUAAUGAAACUCUGGUCACUCUAAAAUGAAAGGAUUUGCCAAUUGAAAAUGUAGAUGUUAAUGAUUUCUGUGAUCAUUUGCAGCAAUUGAAAUGUCUGAUUGAAAGUGUCCCCUAUUCAGACUGAAUCUUAUCUUCCAUCUUAAACUCAUUGCAAGUCAAAGUUGUAGGAAAGUCUGGUCAUUUACAAUGGUGAUAUUGGAAAAGAGUGACAAAUGGGAAAGUGGGGCAGCUGUGCUCCCUUGCUUUCUGUCUGACCUACUGGGAGUACAGGUUGGAGUAUGUUUGCUACUUAGCAGGAAACUGAAAUUCAGGCACACAUUAUUGUAAACUCAAAGUGUGAAUAUGGGUGAAAAGAAACCAGAGCCUCUGGACUUCGUAAAAGAUUUUCAAGAAUAUCUUACUCAACAGACACACCAUGUAAAUAUGAUUUCUGGAUCUGUUAGUGGGGACAAUGAAGCAGAUGCCCUUCAGGGAGCUGGGGCAGAUGGUGAUCAGAAUGGACUAGAUCAUCCUUCUGUUGAAGUUUCACUGGAUGAAAACUCAGGAAUGUUAGUGGAUGGGUUUGAAAGGACAUUUGAUGGAAAGCUGAAGUGUCGAUAUUGCAACUAUGCCAGCAAAGGAACAGCACGGCUCAUAGAGCAUAUCAGAAUUCACACAGGUGAAAAGCCACACAGAUGCCAUCUAUGUCCAUUUGCAUCAGCUUAUGAACGUCAUCUGGAAGCGCACAUGCGAUCACAUACUGGUGAAAAACCAUAUAAAUGCGAAUUGUGUUCCUUCCGCUGCAGUGACAGAAGUAACCUGUCUCAUCAUCGUAGACGCAAGCAUAAAAUGGUACCUAUAAAAGGUACUAGGUCUUCCCUAAGCAGCAAGAAAAUGUGGGGGGUUUUGCAGAAGAAGACCAGCAAUCUGGGAUACAGCAGAAGAUCAUUAAUUAAUCUGAGUCCGCCUUCCAUGGUGGUUCAGAAACCAGACUACCUUAAUGAUUUCACCCAUGAAAUCCCAAAUAUUCAAACUGAAGCAUAUGAAAGCAUGACAAAAACAACACAGACCGGUGGCCUGCCGAGAGAUCCACAAGACCUUAAGAUAGACAAUCCAUUAAAUCAGCUAUCAACAUUAGCAGGACAGUUGUCUAGCUUGCCACCUGAAAACCAAAACCCAGCGUCUCCUGAUGUUGUACCAUGCCAAGAUGAAAAGCCUUUUAUAAUUCAGCAGCCUGCUGCACCAGCAGUAGUUUCAUCUGUGUCAACAAAUAUUCCUCAAAGUUCAUCUCCUACUAGCCCAGACCCUCGGCCCCCACACAGUCAAAGGAACUACAGUCCAGUGGCAGGUCCAAGCAGUGAUCGCAGCGUCCAUACUAGUACUCCUAGCAUAAGUAACAGUCAGCCAAGUACUCCAGCUCCAACCCUUCCAGUUCAGGAUCCUCAGCUUCUGCAUCACUGCCAGCACUGUGACAUGUAUUUUGCAGACAUUGCUGAAGGAGACCGUGCUCAUCCCCCAACAAGAAGUCCAACAAACAACUUGACAAUGGAGGCAAAAUUCUUUCCAUGUUGUCAUAUAAUAUGCCAGGGAUGUUUGAGUCAUGGAGGUGGUAGUUUUUAUGUUACUGUUUAAAAUAAAGUUAUGAGGAUUGGCAUGCAGUAACAUGUUUUAUGUUUCUUACAUUUAAGUUAUUUGCACAUAAGAUCCAGAAAAACAUUCUACAAAUGCCAAUCCAGAUUGUGUCCUUAAACAUAGGUUGCAAUUCAUCAGACUAGGUAUUAAACAAGAUAAGAGGUCUUGGUACCUAAAAUAUAGUAAAAGUUGUUAAUACAGUAAAAUGUGUGGUUCAUAUGAAAACCAUAUUUCUGCUUAUAAACUAACUGCUUACCAAACUGGAUAAAAUCUUUGCUGUGAGUUAAAGAAUAAACUUUCAUGCAUACAAACAAUUUGAAUUUAAAAUUUGUCAGUUUCAUCUGAUCAAGUUAUCAAACUUCUAGUGAUUUCUGAAGUCUUUUUAUGCUAGGCCUUUAAUCUUUUUCUUUAAAAAAACUAGACCAGUUUUAUAGCGAUGAAAAAAACUAGAAGGUACCUUUAAAAAUAUAUAUAUAUAGACACACACUAUGAAUGAGGCUUUGGUAAAAGAUGUUAAAUGAGAAAUAGAAAAUAGACAGCUUUGCAUGAGGACAGUUCAUUUUAAAAACUGUCAAGACAUUCCCACUUAAAGGUUAUUAAAUACAUAAAUUGAAAACUAGAGGCCAUAUUUUAAUUAUUUUUAAAAAUAAGAAAAUCAGUGUAUUUUAAUUGUCUUGCUAGGUUGCCUAUAUGUUUGAAAGUUACACAUUCUAGUCUAUAUAAACUGCAGCUAACGUGGAAUUCUCUUUGUUCCUGGUCUACCAGAGCCUGGGUUUUUUAACCUUCUGGACCUGUUUGAAAGGUCAUCUUUUUUUUCCCUCCACUGUUUGUGGGGAAAGAUAGGCAGAGGAAUAUUGGUGGCUACAAUGUAGAGCUGUGAUUAAUACUGUGACUGGCAAAUACUGUCUGAAGAUGUGCAUGCUGGCCACUGUAUGGGUUAACUAUUUUUUUAUAUUUUAAAUCUUGAUCAUUGUAAAAGCACCUAGGCUAAUGGAUGGGCACUUUAAUAAAAACCUGAAUAAAACAUCCUAGCAAUGUUCCAUGAAAGCGCUCGGUAUUACAACACCUGAAUUUGUCAUCUUUCAGAAAAGUGAAUAACUUAACUUUCUCUGUAUUUUGCAAUUCACCUUGACUUUAUUUCAUUUUGUACUUGUUGCAAGAUGAGGGUUGUUUUUUUUAAACUACACAAGCAAACAUGGACAUACAAGAUAAGAGUGAAUGUUUUGUGGGCAAUAGGUACAAGAUUUACUUCCUUAACAUGUUGGGGGAUUCAUCUGAAUGUCAGAUGUAGGGGUCUAUCCAAAAACUUCUGUUGUCCUGGAGCAAGAUCCAAAAAUCUAUUGAAGUAAACUGAAAGACUCUUGGUUACUUCAGUGGCCUUUGGAUCAGGCCCUUGGAGAAAGAAGAGUUGUAGUAUUGGGAGUUUUUCUUUCACUCCAUUAUUGAAUCAGAAAUUUAGAACUUGAGUGCAUGGCUCUACAAAGACUAUUUUUCAUCAUUAUCUACACAAUUCAUUGGCUGUUGUAUGUAACUUGUGGUGUCUGAGUGUAGUAUUUAUGAUUGCAGAAGUUAGAGAUAGAAAAAGUCUAUUAGGCCAUAUAAUUUACCCCCUGCCACUAGUUAAUAUCAGAGAUGAAACUUCAUGGCUAUGGGCUUGAUCCAAAUCCAUUGACUUCAGUGGGCUUUUAUAUAAGGCCCUUAAUAACUUUCUGCAUAAAUAAACUCAAGAAUAUUUGGAGAAUGUAUUUGUUUAGCUACUGCACAUUUUAAUGUAAUAAAAAUUAACUAGUCUUAUUAGAAUUCCUUUUUUUAAACUUACACUUUGCAAACAGAACAAUUCUACACUUACACCAUACGUGUGCAUAAACUGAGACCUAGACAUCUGAAAUCAUACACUUCAAUAUUUUCAUUUUGAGGAUUGCACUACAGUUCAUUCAGCAUUUAAUCUAGUUGAUUGUUGCUCUUGUACAGGUUGUGUAAACUGAGUUUUGUACAAACAAUGUAUAGAAGAAAUACAUUCUGAAUAGGUCAUUUUAUUGGUCAGAUAUCUGCAUACUUUAUGGUUCAGUCUCACAUCAAUUGAAGCAUGAGUAUUGUAUUUAUACCAAAAUGCAAUUGGUACUGUUAAAGACUUUUAGAAAAGCUAGUAGUUGUUUGACUAGCCACAAAGGAAAACAUUUGAUACUAUGCUAUACCAAAUAACCUAAACUAGUGGUUUUUCUUGAGGCUUUCAGAACUUUGGGGAAGCCAUUGAAUCUGUUUAGUUUUUAACUAGAUAUUCUCAGUUGGAAUUGUACUAGCAUUUAUCAUCCAUUAGGCUGAAUAUUGGGUAGUAGAAGUUGCACAUCCCAACCGCCUGCUGAUUGAAAAUAUACAAACAAUUGGUGUGUGCGCCCACUCCCUUUGAAGUCAGUGGCAAAACUAUCACUCCAAAUCCUACAGAAUUUUUAGAGGUUUUUUAACCUUCCCUUCAUUAUUCUUGUUCUGAUGCUUAGGCCUAGAGUUUGCAUUAGUAGUCCCUGUAACCAUUCAGUACUUCAGUCAACACGUAUAUAGAAAACAUGCCUUGGAAUUCUAGCAAAAUGGUUCCCAACCUGGUCCAUGGGCCACAAUGAGGGAGAGCCAGGACACCCAUAGAAGUAGCUAAAAAUAAGAGGAAGUCUGCUUAGCCCAAUUGCAAAGAGGGCCUUCAUUGGAAGAUGGCCCAUAUGACAAUAAAUAGUGGGGGAUUAAUAAAAAGUAGUACGAAGUUUUGAAGACUUAUGGACCCUGCAUACCAUAUUUUGAUGCUAUUGGAUAAUGGUAAAUUGUUUACUCUUCAGCAAUGUACCCAAGGAAAUUAAAAAGAAGAGAAUUCAAGCUUUAACUCUUAAAAAUGUGUAACAGUUAUAGCCAGAUACUGCUUGUCUCAUGCAAGUAGCCCCACUGACUGCAAUGGAAAUACUCAGCAGGAUUUGGCAUUCAAGCCCUGCUCCUACAACUGGGUCUGUGGGGUAGAUCCCAUUAACUUCACUGGUGCUCCAGGCAGACACAAUUUCAGGAUUGGGACCUUAGGUUGCUUAAAAAUAAAAAGCAUAUUACUGUGUUUUCUGUUGUGCCAAAUAGUUAUUUGAUUACACUUCCUUCCUUCCGACUACUAAGUAUGUUUGGAAGGUGCAUUUUCAGUUUUAUUAUUAAAAUUGUAGUUUUUCAUAAUUUUGUACUAAAAUUGUAUAUAUUGUAAUAUUUACUAGAAUUUAAAAUAAAGAGCACAAUUAGUAUUGCAGAGCUGUUUAUGGUUGUGAUCCUGCAAACUUUUAUUCUCACAAGUAGACCUUGUUCUUACAAAGUCAAUAGGAAAUACUUGUCAGUAAGGAUUUGUAGGAUCAGGCCCUAGAUUAGUAAAAUUAUUUCAUAGUGAGUUCUAAAUGUGCUAAUCUGCACUAAUUUUAAAAACAUCCUUCUAACAUUUUAUAAGGAGCUGUUUAGCUUUUAAUUUGUAUUAACAAGGACAGUUCAGGAUAUGAGUUGAAACUUUUCCACAGCUUAAGUUCUGUAUUUGGAAACCAUUAGCUUUGUGUUACUUUGUUUUUAUUGGUAUAGAAUAUUUUAUAGAUCUGUUGAACAAUUUUUAACAAGCACUAUUUAUCGUACUCUUAAUACAGACGUCCGAUUCUGAGGAUUUUCUGUUCAGCAGUCAGUCAAAUAUUGGAUUGAAUAUGUUGGCAGGAGAUUAAUGAUCUCAGUUAAUAUUUAAAAUAAACUGUGAAGCAACUAAUGGAAUAAGUUGAUUUUUGCAAAUGCAAUGUUUUGCUUCAGAUGACUUUUGCAUAACAUUUUAUUUGUAUUUUAACAUACAGCUCUCCGUUCUGGAAAAUACAUGUUCUGACAUUGUUUCAUAGCAGAAUUUGAGCUACGCUGGACAUGCUUUUGUUAUGGAUUUUUUUUCCUUGAUAAAGGGAAUGUCACUGGCAAGCUUCCCAUCAGUUUUAAGUUUCUGUGAAAAUACAUAGCCAACAGAUGUUCUGUUGCAGAAAAAACAAUUCCCUCCUGAGGCAUUUUUCACCAAGGAAUCUUAGCAUAUGUGCUUCUAGUUCCUGCUUUGUUAAUAAUGUGUAUUUCAAUGUAAAGAGCAUAUUUUGUAUGCAAAAGAUGAGACUUGAGUUAGUUGUAAAACAAGUUUUAUCGUGUAGUGAUGCUGUUUUUGGAAAACAAAGUUUUAAUUCUGAAAUAACUUGAAUAUAUCUAGUGUAGUUCAUGUUGUGGAGUUUUGUUUUGUAAAAUAUGAAUAAAACACUUUCUAAUGAUG